UCAUGUGUUUGUUUUUCUAAAAAUUUAACAAAAUAUAAAUAAUAUUCAAAAUAGUCUUUAUUCCACUUCGCUCUACGAUUCUGCUCAUCGUCUUCCUGGAAUUUACUGUGUGUAAUCAAAUGGCAUCACUGUGAAUGAAUUGAAAUGAUUCCAUGCCCAAAUAUUUACUGAUAACACAUGACUCAUGGCUCGUAAAGGAAACCAACAAAAGCAAGGGUUUAAUAAUCAUUUAGCAAACUCUAGAAAAGGAUUUUCAGAUUCUGUUUCUGGAUUUCCAGAUAAAAGAGAAAGGAGUAUUGCGAGUGAGACAGAUGUCAUUACUGGAGAAGAGCUUUUAAAUGGUAAUCUACCAAGUGUGUCUUUAACUCAGGAACUGAAUAGUACCCCUCAACCUGAAGAAAAGAUGAAAAGCAAACACAAAUAUAGAAAGUCACUAAAAAAGGAGAAGCAAGAUGUGGUUGCCUCAACAGUAACCGAGGACGCAGAACCUGCUAGCAGUUAUGCAGGAAAGCAUGAUAAUCAUCCACAUACAACAGAAGAUCUUGAGUUAAGAGAAGGGAAAGAAACACCUCCCUGCACUAAUCAUGGCUCUGAGGAUCCAAAUAGCAGAUCUAGUUCCUCAGUAGAAGGAUUGUGUACUACUCGACAAAAUGCUGAGCAUUCCAUUAAAUUUGUUUUUAGGUAUUUGGGGACCUUAGCGUUGUCUUUGUCAAAUUCAUGUAUUGAAUGGCUAGAUAGGAGGAAGCCAUUGCUUAGACAUAUCAAGAGCAUUACAUCAAAUGCUAGUGAGUAUGCUCGAAAGAAGGUUGAACUAGCAUAUCCUGUUGCCUUAAAAUGGAUUAUGCAUUUUGGGAAUAUACUGCUUCUGCUAUCAAUGGUUUGGUUGGACUGCAGUCUUAGAGGCAUGGGCUCCUUUCUAUGCAUGGGGACAGCUUCACUAUUUUCAAUCGUAUGGUGGGGUGUUCUUUCUUUAAUUGCAGUGAGCAAAUUAAAGUUUCUAUUGAUUCUGGCAGCAGUUUCUGUAAUUGGACUUCUUUCUGGCUUCGUUAUUGCAAUUCUGGCAUUAUCCAUUAUUGGUCUUGCUUUCUUGUGGAUCUAUGGAAGGUUUUUUGUAGCAAUCCCUGUCAUCUUGUGUGGAGGGGUUCUCUUCAGAUUGAGCCAUGAGCGCAUUGCGGUGUUCAUUAUGACCUUGUAUUCUGUCUAUUGUGGACGGACAUAUGUUGGAUGGCUUGGUUUACUCUUAGGUUUAAACUUGUCAUUCAUUUCAAGUGAUGUUCUGAUAUUCUUCUUGAAGAAUAAUGUAAAUGAGCAAAGAAGACCUGACAGCUUUCCAGAACAAACAGCUGGAGUGUCUGCUGAUGUUGGUGGUGGACUACCUGCUGAUCAUAGUGCAGGAAUACCUUCAACCAGUGGAGCUGACUCGGAAAUGACAUCUGAAAAUGAAGUUAUCAGACUGUUGAACUGUGCAGAUCACUAUUCAGCAUUGGGUUUAUCCCGAUUUCAGAAUGUGGAUGUUUCUAUUCUCAAGCGGGAGUACAGAAAAAAGGCAAUGCUGGUCCAUCCUGAUAAAAAUAUGGGAAAUGAAAGGGCUGCAGAGGCUUUCAAGAAACUCCAAAAUGCAUAUGAGGUUUUACUUGAUUCUUUCAAGCGAAAAACAUAUGAUGAUGAGUUGAGGAGAGAAGAACUGAUAAAUUACAUCCGUAGCUUCCAAAAUACUUCUCAAAAGAAUAGAGGCCACAGAUUUGGUCAUUCAGAAGCUGCUGGUGAGGAUCCUCUUGGAGAGUCUAAACGGAUUACCUGCAAGAAGUGUGGCAAAUUCCAUCUCUGGAUUUGCACUGACAGAGUAAAACACAAAGCAAGAUGGUGUCAGGAAUGCAAAGAUUUCCACCAGGCUAAAGAUGGAGAUGGAUGGGUUGAACAGACCUCACAGCCCUUCUUUUUUGGACUACUGCUGAAGGUAGACACUCCUUCUGCAUAUGUUUGUGCUGAUAACAAGAUAUAUGAUGCAACUGAGUGGUAUACUUGCCAGGGAAUGAGAUGUCCUGCUAACAGUCACAAGCCAAGUUUCCAUGUAAACACAAAUGUGACGUUAAAGAGUAGCAAUGGGAAAAGAGGUAGCUCCUCAGGGCAUAGAGGUGGGAUGCCAAGUCCAAAUUUGGAAGAGACGAUGACAGAAGAGGAAUUUGUUGAGUGGCUACAGAAUGCUGUACAAGCAGGUGUGUUUAAUAGUUUUACUGGCACUGGAACUGGAACUGGCAGUAGUACAUCAUCACAAUCUCCAGGUACUGAGAGUGGAAACAGCUGCAAAGGUAGUAGUGGGGGCAGUGGAAACAAGAAAAAGAAGAAAGGGAAAAAACAAUGGUAAGCAGUCACCCUGUUGUUUAGGAAAGUGAAAGCUGAGAGAAUUUAACAUUUAACAACUGAAUAUACCGGAGACAUGACUGCAAGAAGCAACGUAUAGCCUUUGCGUGACUGAAUAGUGAAUUGCCUCUGUAAAUGUUUCUUUCUCGAGUUGAUUAUGGUUGCGCAGGUGAGGCAGGCAGGCAGGUUAAAUUUUCUAGUUUCACUUUUUGAGGCAUUAUUAUUGUGAGUCUCUUUCAAAGGGUUGUUCCACAAAAUGUGAUGAUCAAUCAUAAAUUCAGAUACGAUCACAUUCACAGGGUAUAAUUUUGAUAUUUAUAAACAAAAAGAAAAAUGGAGCUGUGAAUGAUGUGAUUUUGGUUGAA